AUGAUUUCUAGGAAUUUACCAUUCACCACCCAAUUCCACCCAAUCCCGCCCAUGAUAAAGAAUGCUCUCCAAUUGGCCCAAAAGACGUCUACCCAAUCAAACGUACCCUUUUUACCAAAAGAACCCUCCAUUUUAGCAACAAACCUCGUCAAAUCAUAUUUUGACAAGGGCUUAUUUAGAGAAGCACGUACAGUGUUCGAUGAAAUGCUUGAAAGAGAUGUCGUAGCGUGGACGGCCAUGAUUGCAGGCUAUACAUCAUGCAGUCUUAACAUCCACGCAUGGACUGUUUUCUGCGAUAUGACGAGGAGUGGAGUAAACCCAAAUGAGUUCACCAUGUCGAGUGUCCUAAAGGCUUGCAAGGGCACGAAGUCUCUUGCUUGUGGGGCGUUAGUUCAUGGCUUUUACAUUAAGUGUGGCAUUGAGGGGUCUAUAUAUGUUGACAACGCCUUGAUGGACUUGUAUGCUACCUGCUGCAUUAACAUGGACGAUGCAUGCAUGAUUUUUCAUGGUAUCCAAACAAAAAAUCAUGUAUCAUGGACAACCAUGAUCACAGGGUACACUCAUAGAGGUGACGGCUUCAGUGGGCUUCAAGUCUUCAAGCAAAUGCUACUGGAGGAUGCCGAAAUGAAUCCAUAUAGCAUUUCCAUAGCAGUCAGAGCUUGCACCUCGAUUAGCUCGCUUACUGUUGGCAAGCAAAUACAUGCAGCUGUAAUGAAACAUGGGUUUGAAUCCAAUCUCCCUGUCACGAAUUCUAUGCUAGACAUGUAUCUUAGGUGUGGUCAUUUAUCGAAGGCAAAUCAAUACUUUCAAGAGAUGACACAAAAAGAUUUGAUCACUUGGAACACCUUAAUAGCUGGUUAUGAAAGACUGGAUCCCAGUGAAUCUCUUUGCAUAUUUUUUCAGAUGGAAUCAGAAGGUUAUAGUCCAAAUUGCUUUACAUUCACAAGCAUUAUAGCUGCAUGUGCUAAUUUAGCAGUUUUGAGAUGUGGGCAGCAAGUUCACGGAGGGAUUUUUCGAAGAGGCCUAGAUGGGAAUUUGGCAUUGGCAAAUGCCUUGAUUGAUAUGUAUGCCAAGUGUGGAAGCAUAACAGAGUCACACAACAUCUUUGGUGAAAUGUCGUGUAGAAAUUUGGUAUCUUGGACUUCGAUGAUGAUUGGAUAUGGGGCUCAUGGAUAUGGAAAAGAGGCUGUUGAGUUGUUUGAUGAGAUGGUAACCUCUGGCAUCAGGCCUGAUCAGAUAGUGUUCAUGGCAGUUCUCAGUGCUUGUAGUCAUGCUGGACUUGUGGAUGAAGGUUUGAGGUAUUUCAACUCUAUGAUGAGUGAUUAUAACAUCACUCCAGAUCAGGAGAUAUAUGGGUGUGUGGUGGAUUUGCUAGGUCGGGCAGGGAGAGUGGAAGAGGCUUAUCAACUUAUUCAGAGUAUGCCAUUCAAGCCAGAUGCGUCUGUUUGGGGGGCACUUCUUGGUGCUUGUAAUGCCCAUAAGCUUCCAAGAUUGGGCAAGUUGGCAGCUUUGAGGUUAUUAAAUUUGAGGCCUAGUAUGGUGGGAACUCUUGUGAUGUUAUCAAAUAUGUAUGCUGCUGAAGGGAAGUGGGUGGAAUUUGCCAAAAUGAGGAAGUUGAUAAGAGGAAUGGGGAGCAAGAGAGAGGCUGGUAUGAGUUGGAUUGAGGUAAGAAACCAAGUAUAUAGUUUUGUUGUUAGAGAUAAGACGUCUUCUCAUAUUGAGUCUGUAUACGAAGUUCUAGAGUUUCUGACAUGGCAUAUGAAAGAAGUCGGUUAUGUACCCGAUUUAGAUUGCCUGCUACAUGAUCAAGAAGAUGUGACUUAGAAUGAAGCUUUAUGAGCUCAGAUGAAAAUAUCCAAGUUCUCCGUCAGUAAAGUUGAUUCAUGCGUACAAGUAGGGUGCCAUUAGUAAAAAAGAGGAAGGAUUGGGGGAUAUAACUGCUGCCGUGAGCAAACAAGUUCAUUCUGUUAAUUCUAAAGCCAUGGCCAUCGAAGCAUGCACAGUGCAGUAAGACAUACAUCAACACCAGCAAAUAAAACAGUUAAUUAUGGCGCCCACUGAAACUGCAGCUAACAAUAAUAGCCACAGCUGCAUUACUGAGCGCCUGCAGAAAUAUACUACUUUGCUCUCCCUUCUGCUGAUCCCCGGAGAAGAUUUCAAAGGAAGUCCUGGUUAGUUUUGACUUUUAAGUGAAAUCAUCAAAGCCUUUUACCCAAACAUUGAUGUUGGAUCGACAAUGUGAAUUCAUAUUAUAAAUUUGUGAGAAUCAAUUACUGAAUCUUCUGUCCCUAUUUAUUUACAGAUCAAAAAUAAAAUAUAUUUAUGGUUUA